AUGGUGGAAAUGCCACCUAGAUCGUCAUUGUCCUCAUCUUCGUCAUCUUCUUCUGAAUCGCAGAACUCGCUUGAAAUCAGAGCAGUACCCGGCGGUGAAGCAAAGAAUACGAACAGAACCGAUGCAAAUGCUGGAGCCAAGGCUUCCGGACAAGUGAAAUGGAAGGAAAAUGUGAAAAAUGCAGACACAGCCACUCCUGGAGGUGCCAAGCGUACCAGAAACAUGGCGGAAAACUCGUUGGGGGGUUUUUCAAAGGGUAAACUGGCACCACUGACGCCGCUUUCAAACGAAAGAGGACCCGCUGCCACUGUAGAAACAAAUGACAGAAAUGCAGCGUUUGCCCGUACGGCAGUGCCAAUGGGAUUCACAUACUCGUCUCCAAACCUCAAGGGCAUGCAGGAACUGGCUUCCAACUACGAACAGGCCCGUUUGCGGGAUUACUACCAUCAGAACUUUGGAGACCGUUUUUCGCCGUUUGUGGAUCCCAUGUACCAGCAGCUCAAUCCAAGAUUAGGAGGAUCUCAAAAUAAGCCCGUUUGGAGCUUAAACCAGCCCUUGCCGCACGUUUUGAAUCCUUCUUUGGCACGCAAAAUCAGCAAAAACAUGGAAGCCCAAUCGCGGAAUUCUUCGCAACCUGGUUCGAAAACAACAACUCCGGGGCCUUCCCAUUCGGGUUCUUUGGCUUCCAUCAGCGACUGGAGAAAAACGUUUCAAAGGGUAAGCUCCAGUCGUAAACUUAACGAUAUAGAAGCCCAGCUGUCAAGCUCAACUGCUGCUGGGCAACGUCCAACAGCAGCGUCCAAACUGGACUCCGAUAAACCAUCAAACUUUCACGUUGAACAAAAGCCUAACGUGGCUGGCAGAAAUCACACAAAUGCCAAGUUUACACUAAAUUCCGAUAGUUAUCCAAACUCUAUCGCAGGAGAUGACCCAACACUGGCUAACAACUCCAACUCAAUCAGUCCACCUGAAAUUCCAAAAGCCUCACCACCGCCGGUCGUGACGACUGCGAGCGACGAUUCCGACCCACUUACUUUUCCCAAUUUUUGGGCCAAAAUACGGUACCAGUUGCGUGAGCCGUUUGCAGAGUUUUUGGGAACUCUUAUCCUAGUAAUUUUCGGUGUUGGUGGAAACCUUCAGGCCACCGUCACUAAAGGUGCCGGAGGCUCUUACGAAUCUUUGUCGUUCGCAUGGGGGUUUGGGUGUAUGCUAGGAGUUUACGUCGCAGGCGGUGUCAGUGGUGGCCACGUCAAUCCAGCCGUAACGAUAUCAAUGGCCAUUUUCCGCAAGUUCCCAUGGAAGAAAGUCCCGGUUUACAUUUUUGCUCAGAUUGUAGGGGCUUUUUUUGGCGGUGCUAUGGCAUAUGGAUACUUUUGGAGUUCCAUUACAGAAUUUGAGGGAGGCGCACACAUCAGGACUGCUGCUACGGGUGCUUGUCUCUUCACCAAUCCCAAAGAUUACGUUACAUGGCGUAAUGCGUUUUUCGACGAGUUCAUUGGUGCGUCCAUUUUAGUCGGAUGUUUGAUGGCAUUGUUAGAUGAUAGUAACGCUCCUCCAACCAGCGGUAUGACCGCUCUGAUUGUUGGCUUUCUAGUGGCAGCUAUCGGGAUGGCUUUGGGAUUCCAGACCAGCUUUACCAUCAAUCCUGCAAGAGACCUCGGGCCGCGGAUUUUCGCUUCCAUGAUCGGCUAUGGUCCUCACGCAUUCCAUCUAACACAUUGGUGGUGGACCUGGGGUACGUGGGGCGGUCCUAUUGCAGGUGGUAUCGCAGGAGCACUCGUUUACGACAUUUUCAUUUUCACCGGUUGUGAGUCGCCCAUCAACUACCCCGACAACGGCUACAUUGAGCAUCGUGUGAAAAGGAUUAUGCAGACUGAAAUGCACUUGCAUCGAGCACAUGCCGAAAAAGAUGUCACGGACGAAUGA